AUGAGGCUGGUGCAUUGUGGAAGCGUAUGGGAAACUCUCCGGUGGACCCUGCAUGCUUGGUGGCAUGCCUAUUCUGUCCCAACGGAUCGGGCGACGUGGACCUCAACGCAGGAUACGACCAUACCCUACGAAGAAGAAAUCAAGAUAACUGCGAAGCGCUGGGCUCUGUUGACGCCAUUCUUUGCAUCCCGAGGUUACCACCUCUAUGAACCGAGCAAGCUACCUCAGACCAUGCCUCCGUCCUCGCUCAAGCCUCCGGCUGACGUCGAUGAAAGCUACCCCUACGCACGACGUCGUGUGAGGGACGAACAAGGUCUCGCGUUCCUUGAUAUUCAGAGUUGUAGGGUGUGGGCCGCGCGCGACAAUGCCGGAAGAGAGGUGAUCAUCAAGUCUGUCCCUAUGAAUUGGAUACGAUGUCAACUUUCUGAUUUCAAUCCGCCUGUGACUUUCAGGAUGGUCUCCUUUGGGGAGAAAGAAUCAGACGAGCUGAAGAUAUACAGGAGGUUGAAUACACCUGGAGCUAGGGCAGAUCCUCGCAACAGGACCCUACCUGUCAUUGACUAUAUCACUUACGACGGAUUGGUCUUCGUUGUCACGCCUCGCUGGGGGGAGCCAGUCGUGGGACUGAGUUUCUCCACGGUAGAGCAGCUUCUUCUCAUGACCGAUCAAUUGCUGGAGGGCAUGGUCUUUCUGCACCAACAGAGAAUAGCUCACCGCGAUGUUGACACACGGAACAUGGUGAUGAACGCAUUAUUUGAGGUUUGCGAGGGACACGACUGCGAUGAAAUCCGUGACCCCUCUGCUGUACGUUACGCUUACAUUGACUUUGAAGCCUCGGCAAUCUUCUCCAUGGAUACAGACAUCGACAAGGUUGUAAUGAAGCGCGAGAGGAGGUUUAGGACAGUACAUGCUGGCUUGGAAGGCCCCGAGUCGAAUCCUUUUGCAGACGACAUUUACGUUCUGAUACAUGUCUUACAGCGAUGGGUCCGGGUUGUGGAAAAUGUCGUCCCCGAGAUGGGAGUGUUCUUCGACGAGAUCCUCUCGAAUUACUCGAGCGAUCUCUCUGCUAUCGCUGUUCUGAGCAAAUUUCGCCAGAUCCGGGCAGAACUCACGGCAGAGCAGUUGAAGAGCCCCACCCCCGGUCGCCUUUGGCACGAGGGUACCACCUCUACAUUUUCUUGCUUCAAUCAGCGCUGA